GUUCUAGAUUCCUUUCCUACCUGUAUACGCCAAAAGCACCCACAGGGAGCAAAGCGCCUCCUGCUCCCCAAAAGGCCUGCCUGUAGAACAUUUGUACCCUACAAAAGAGAGAAAGAGUGAAUGAACUUCGUUGAAUCUGGUCAUUUGUUUGCAUGCUGGUCCUGUUUAUCUGGCCGGACAGUGGUCCCUGAGGAGGUCUACCUGGCACUCUCCGAAACCCGAAGCCCGAGGCUGGUCAACUCGGGAGAGUCUGUGUCUCGCCUUUGCGGAGGGUACUAGGCUGACGUCCCGCCCCGCGCUCCUGCGUAAACACGCGGUACCCUUGGCAACACUGGAACCCACGUCAAAGGUUCCGCUGGGUCCCCGGCUACCGCCACGCCUCCAGCCGAGCCUGGCUCCCCGCAGCGGCCGCUAACUCCCAGGCCCCAAGCCAGCUCUCCGGCCGAGCGGCCACCACCCCCGGUACGGGAUGAGCAGAUCCGCGGCCGCCACGGGGCCCCAUGGAGGAGCCGCCGCCGCCGCCGGCCCGUCCACCAGCGAGCAUGGCCUUACUGGGCAGCCCGCACCCCGGCGCCCCCUCAGCGGCCGGCUUGCCUGGCGGGACUUCCUCCGCGGCGACAGCGGCCGUGCUCUCCUUCAGCACCGUGGCGGCCGCGGGGGCCACGGGGCUGGGGAACCUGAGCGACGCGAGCGGGGGCGGCACCGCUUCCGCGCCAGCUGGCGGCGGCCUCGGCGGGUCCGGGGCGGCGCAGGAGGCUGGGGCGGCGGUGAGGCCGCCACUGGGCCCGGAGGCGGCGCCACUGCUGUCGCACGGAGCGGCAGUGGCAGCCCAGGCGCUCGUCCUCCUGCUCAUCUUCCUGCUGUCUAGCCUGGGCAACUGCGCGGUGAUGAGUGUCAUCGUAAAGCAUCGGCAGCUCCGCACCGUCACCAACGCCUUCAUCCUGUCGCUGUCCCUGUCGGAUCUGCUCACGGCGCUGCUCUGCCUGCCCGCAGCCUUCCUGGACCUCUUCACGCCGCCCGGGGGCUCGGCGCCUGCAGCCACGGGGACCUGGCGCGGCUUCUGCGCAGCCAGCCGCUUCUUCAGCUCGUGCUUCGGCAUCGUGUCCACGUUCAGCGUGGCGCUCAUCUCACUGGACCGCUACUGCGCCAUCGUGCGGCCGCCGCGGGAGAAGAUCGGCCGCCGCCGCGCGCUGCAGCUGCUGGCGGGCGCCUGGCUGGUGGCCCUGGGCUUCUCCUUGCCCUGGGAGCUGCUCGGGGCGCCCCGGGAACUCGCGGCGGUGCAGAGCUUCCACGGCUGCCUCUACCGGACCUUCCCCGAUCCCGCACAGCUGGGCGCGGCCUACAGCGUGGGGCUGGUGGUGGCCUGCUACCUGCUGCCCUUCCUGCUCAUGUGCUUCUGCCACUACCACAUCUGCAAGACAGUGCGCCUGUCGGACGUGCGUGUGCGGCCCGUGACCACCUACGCGCGCGUGCUGCGCUUCUUCAGCGAGGUGCGCAUGGCCACCACUGUGCUCAUCAUGAUCGUCUUCAUCAUCUGCUGCUGGGGGCCCUACUGCUUCCUGGUGCUGCUGGCCGCUGCCCGGCAGGCCCAGGCUACGCAGGCCCCCUCGCUCCUCAACGUGGUAGCCGUCUGGCUGACCUGGGCCAAUGGGGCCAUCAAUCCUGUCAUCUACGCCAUCCGCAACCCCAAUAUUUCGAUGCUCCUAGGGCGCAACCGCGAGGAGGGCUACCGGACUAGGAAUGUGGACACUUUCCUGCCUAGCCAGGGUCCGGGUCUGCAAGCCAGAAGCCGCAAUCGCCUUCGAAACCGCUAUGUCAACCGGCUGGGAGCCUGUAGCAGGAUGUCCUCUUCCACCCCGGCCAGCGGGGUGGGAGGGGACGUGGCCAUGUGGGCCCGCAAAAAUCCAGUUGUACUUUUCUUCAGAGAGGGACCACCAGAGCUUGUGACUGCAGUGGCCAAACAGCCUAAAUCUGAAGGUGGGGAUACCAGCCUCUAAGGCGGUUGGGAUGGUCAGCUUAUGAAGGCAAAUUUCCACUCGAGUCAUUUAAUGAUAGAGGAUUUUGGGGAGAAUCGUGGAUUUCAUAAAGCCAAACAUUUAAAGCUAGAGACUGGGGGAGGCUUACCACUUUCCCCCAACACAGCAUAAAAGACAAUGUCCCUUUCUUCAAAAGUGCCAAAAGUAAUGUAAAAUGCAAAAAUUAAAACAACCUUAAACCACAUAACCAAACAUUGUGAACUGUAAGUGCCAAAAAUGACAAAAAUAACAUUCACAAUCACUGAAAACCUCAUAUUACAGGACCACCCUGUGAAACAAACAAAAUAUUGAAUGCAACUAGUAUUGUUCAGCUACAUAGAGCAUCAGGAAUGAAUGGAGACCCUAAGAGCUGCUUGAAAGCCCCUCUAAAUCACUAUCAUCAUCCAGCAAAAUUUUAGAUUCUAGAGCUUGUGUUUCUGACGUGCUUUGGGUGCUUAGAUUGGGAGUGGAAAAGUCUAAUCCCUACACACAUUGCUGCACUUCCUCACCCCACCCCCUGAUAACCUUUGUGGGAAAUUUCAAAUUCAUAACCCAUUUAAAAUCAUUUUAGGAUUUUGAAAAGGUGGUUGUUAUUAGGUAAAAUUCAACCAUCUGAAGGACAAAUAGAGGUAUGAACAUAAAGAAAUGUGUCUUUUAAAUAUUUUCCAAGAUUAUAUGUAAAAAUUAACAUUCCUUCCACCCGCAUCAUACCCCCAAAAUGAUCUGCCUUGGAAAACUUUGAAGCUUUAUCCUUACUCUAACCUGCUACUUUUAUUUCUGAUAAAUUUUGGGAUGUUGCUCUCAGAAGGCUUUCACAUUUAAAAAAAAUUUUCAUUGUAGAAAAUAUUUGAAUUUUGAGGUAAAUAUGAUUUUUGAAUAUAGCCAAAAAUGCAACUUGAAGUCAAGUUGAUUGAAUAAGGUGAGUGAUGCCACUUUAUUUAAAUUAUUAUUAUUUUUUAAAUGAGACCUCUAUAAAGCAACAAAAUUGGCUUUCCUAUGUGGUUUCAGCCAACUGAAAAUGGUUCCAAAGAGGAAUUCUAAAAAUAUUUUGAGAAGCAGCCUCUUGGAAUUAACAUAGACUUUUCCAAGAAGAUCCUAAUCUACUUUUAGAAAUUUGGUGUAUUUUGUGUUUUUUAAAAUAUAUAUGAUGGUUGCUUUAUAGCUAUGACUUGUCUAAGAUAAUGUAGUAGAUGUGGGACUAUACAUAACAGAGCAUUAAAACACAGACCUAAAGUUGGAAAAGAACUUCAAGCAAACUGAAGAUACCUUCAGAAAUUUACAAAUCAAUGUUGCUUUUAACAUUUCUAUCUUAUCAGAAAAGGUGGGUUUUUUUUUUUACGAUAAUUCAAAAGCAUAAUUCAGGAUUUGUGUAUGUGACCUUUCCUGUAUUAAAUAAGACUACACAAAGAAUCAUUUACUCAGAAUUUUUUUAAAUGUUAUUUUUUCUUAUUUCUUUCCCUUAAUCCUGCCCCUCUUUUCUUCAAUAUUUCACAGCCUUAAUUGAACAAGUUAUUUACAGUUGAUGUGAAAAGACAUUAGCUGUCAUUUGAGGAUUUCAAUAUGAAAUAGCCAGCAUUUUCUUCUUGUAAAGUAUUUAAAUAUAUUUUUUAGUAUUUCUUUGUUUGACAAGUGGGUACAUAUCAUUAUUUUGUAAUCAAAGGUGGAAAUACAUGAUUCAUGUCAAAGCUAAAAA